CUCCAGCAUGUUGGCUGAAGCGGAGACGCAGCCCGGGGAGACGAGUCCUGAAGGACCAGGACGGCUCGCGGUGAGAAGAGCUGCUUGUGAUCCGCCGUCUUGGAGAUGUUGAGCCUCGCGAUGGCGGCACGCCUUCUUCUUCUUCUUCUCCUUCUUCUUCUUCUACUCCGUGAGGGGGAAGGAAGCGGCGCUCCACCGGCCGCCGGCCCCUCGGAGGAAGAUCGGGGUCUGGAAGUGAUUUCAAGCAAAAGAGAACAAGUUGCCCCUCGGCCGGAGUCCGUUGACCACGUCCUUGAGGGUUUCCCAGAGACCAGGAGGCCCUCCCAGCCUCCUGUGGCUUUGAGACCGGCCCUAAGAACACCUGGUGGUCUGGCCUUCACGGAGAGUUCAGUGAAGCUCAAACAUCCCGACUCGGCUGCCGAGCGCGCGACGCUCGCUCCGAACCGCCUCCAGAGGAGCCAUUGCACUGCCGGAGGGGCCGGAGGCGUGGAGCUCGUUCCGGAGCCUCGGAGCCGCCGCCGGAGGAGCUGGCUCUGGAACCAGUUCUUCGUGAUCGAGGAGUACCGAGGGCCCGAGCCCGUGCUCAUCGGACGGCUGCACACGGACAUGGACGCGGGAGACGGGCGCACCAAGUACGUCCUGCAGGGCGAGGGCGUGGGCUCGGUGUUCGUGAUCGACGGCCACACGGGGAACAUCCUGGUCACCAAGGCCCUGGACCGCGAGGAGAAGGACCAGUACCGCCUGGUCGCCACGGCAACGGACCGGCUCACGGGCCGCGCCCUGGAGCCCCCGUCCCGGUUCCUCAUCCGGGUCCAGGACAUCAACGACAACCCGCCCGUGUUCCCCGACGGGCCCUACGUGGCCGUGGUGCCAGAGAUGGCCAACAUAGGAACCUCCAUCAUCCAGGUGACGGCCAGAGAUGCCGAUGACUCCACGUACGGGAACAGCGCCCGGCUGGUGUACGCCAUCACCCGGGGCCAGGACCAGUUCUCUGUGGACCCUCAGACAGGCGUCCUGAGGACGGCGCUGCCCGACAUGGACCGAGAGACCCGGGACCAGUACCUGGUGGUGCUGCAGGCCCGGGACAUGGGGGGCCACCUGGGGGGCCUGUCGGGGACCACCACCGUCACCGUGAGGCUGAGCGACGUCAACGACAACCCGCCGCGCUUCAGGAGGAGUGCGUGGUCCUUCUCCGUGUCCGAGCUGGCGGCGCCCGGCGUGGAGGUGGGCCGGCUCUCGGCCAGCGACCCGGACCUGGGGGCCAACGCCGCGCUGGCCUUCAGCAUCCUGGACGCCGAGGAGGCCGCCACCUUCAACGUCACGGGCCGCGACCGCGAGGCCGACAUCGUGCUCAACCAGCUGCUGGACUACGAGAGCCGCAGCUCGUACACGUUCUCCGUGGAGGUCUCCAACCCGACGGUGGACCCCCGCUACCUGAGGGGCCCCUUCAAGGACCAGACCACGGUCCGGGUCAUGGUCCUGAACGCCGACGAGCCGCCCCGGUUCUCCCGGGCCCGGUACCGCCUGGACGUGUCGGAGAACUGCGCCGCCGUGUGCCCCGUGGGCCGCGUGGAGGCCGUGGACCCGGACACGGGCCAGAGCGCCAACAUCAGACUCAUCUUCGUCUUCGUCUCUUCUCUCCCAGACAAUCCCAGCCUGGUCUCCAGGGUGGUGGUUGCCAUAGAGACGCUGGACCAGAACGACAACGCCCCCGAGCUGGACCGCCAGUACACGACCUCCGUGUGCGACUCCAGCGCCGCCGGCCAGGUGGUCCAGGUCCUGAGAGCCAUCGACCGGGACCAGGGGGACCGGGAGACCCCGAUCCACUUCAGCAUCCCCCCAGAGACCAGGACCACCCUGAACCUCAGCAUCAGGGUCACCGGAGGUCUGACCCACACGGCCACGGUCACCGUGACGGUCUGCCCCUGCCUGAGGGGGGGCAUGCGGACCGAGUCCAGCAGGGGGGGUCAGACCCUCUGCCUCCCCCUGCUGGACUCCGCCUCCCCCUCCCUCGUCUUCGGCCUGCUCACCCUGCUGGCCUCGCUGGCCUGCGCCGGAGCCCUGCUCGCUUGGGGUCUCGUGGUCUCGGGGUCUCGUGGGCUUGUGGUCUCGGGGUCUCGUGGUCUCGGGGUCUCGUGGUCUCGGGGUCUCGUGGGCUUGUGGUCUUGGGGUCACGUGGUCUCGGGGUCUCGUAGUCUUGGGGUCACGUGUCUCUCUGCCCCCUCAGCGGCGUGCGCUCGCUCUCUGUCGCCGUGGCGACGGGGGCGGGCCCCUCGCUCGCCCUUGGAGGACGGCGACGUGAGAGAGAACAUCAUCUCCUACGACGACGAGGGGGGGGGGGAGGCGGACACGGAGGCCUUCGACAUGGCGGCGCUGCAGCACCGCGACACAUGGCCCCAGCAGCCGAGGGCCCGGACCUACAGCUGGAACCGCAACCAGGGCCCGGACCCCCUGCUGAGGCCCGGCUCCGCCCACCAGCUGAGGCCAGGCUCCGCCCCUCUGUAUGGGCGCCUCCUCUACGGCGUGCACGCGCCCCCCGUCCUCGGGGACUUCCUCCCCGUGGGGGGGCCGGUCUGGCUCACGCUCCCCGGAGGUCACGUGGGCCGUCACCCGGUCGUCAAGGAGACUAGCCACGCCCCCACUGGCCACGCCCCCUACGCGGCCAGAAAGAAAGGCGGCAGAGACAUAGAGAUGAACCCUUCAGAGUUGACUCCGCCCACCGCCUGCGACCCGACCGAGCCUCCCCCCCGGAGUCUCCCCAGCUCCUCCUCCCAGCAGGAGGUCCGACCCGGGUCCUCUCAGACCCAGACCGGCACCAGCUGCACGCUGGACAGCGACUCCUCCACGCCGCCGGCGUCGGAGAGGCGGGACUCCGCGGGCGCCGAGGUCCAGUCCGCCAGCCUGAAGGCGGACUCGUUCAGCAUCGUGGGCUCGCUGAAUCAGAGCGGCGGGGGGGCGUGUCUGAGCGGCCGGGGGGCGUGUCUGAGCGGCCGGGGGGCGUACCCGGCGGGAGCGCAGCUCCUGAGCAUGUGCGGCCUCCAGAGAAAGGACUUGACCGGACCGGGGGGGCUGUUCGGGGCGGAGCUACCCACGAGGGCGGAGCUACCCCUCAACGUGCAGCCCCUCCUCCUCAUGCGGGACCUCCUGAACAUCCGUCUGGACCGCGUGACCUUUGACCUCUCGCAGCCGCCCUACGACUCGCUGCAGACCUACGAGUUCGAGGGCCGCGGCUCGAGGGCGGAGUCUCUGAGCUCGCUGGAGAGCGAUGGGGGGAAGGAGGAGGGGAGCCUGCGCACUGCAUGGAGGUACAGCAGCUGA